AUGCUUGCUCGUGCAGAGGUACAGGAAUCGGCCUAUCUGGACCUUACUGACGAAGCCCGUUCAUACGGUGCAAUUCACGGUAACAAGCGUGCACCGCCGGCUGUCAGCAGGGACCUCGACGAAGAAGGCGAACGAUUUACGAGUCCCCCAAAAGAUCAAAAGACACACCAAGAUGUAGGGAGUAUCGUCGCAGUUCUCUUGCUCGGAGAGUUCAUCUCGAAUGCGGAUGCGACCUUGGUAAUGGCGUCUACCGGCCAGAUUUCCUCCGAGUUCAAUAGCCUACAGGAUGCCAACUGGCUCUCCACGGCGUACACACUCGGUGUAUGCUCGACGUUGCCAAUGUAUGCUAAAUUGAGUGACAUUCUUGGUCGGACACCCCUCCUGCUGACGGCUUAUUUUUUCCUGACUUUUGGUUGUAUUAUAUGUGGUACCGCACCUGCGAUGUGGGUGGUCAUUUUGGGCCGCGCUAUCAGUGGCGUGGGAGGGGCUGGGACGAUGGUGAUGGGAUCCGUUAUUAUUCUCGAUAUCAUUCCUACAAAAGAUGUGGCACAGUGGCGAGCGUAUAUCAAUGUUGCCAUGACGUUGGGGCGCGGUGCUGGCGGCCCUGUAGGUGGUUGGCUCACUGACGCGAUUGGAUGGAGAUGGCUGUUUCUAAUCCAAGCUCCUUUAAUCGGGCUUGCUGCACUCCCUGUUAUUUUCAAACUCAAAAUACCGCAUCCCUUGCCAGCAAUGACUUGGAAUGGCCUCAAAACUUCCAUAUUCCAGCGCAUCGACUUCCUAGGCACUGGAGUACUGACGGCAGCAGUCACGGCUACUGUUCUGCUGGUUGAUCAAGGUGGAAAAUCAUUUUCAUGGCUCUCGUGGCUGUCAUGCUCAUUGAGCGUCGCGUCUGUCAUUCUAAUGGCGAGCUUCGGUUACAUAGAAAUGUAUAUUGCCAGGGAGCCAAUCUUCGAUCUUCGUGUGCUGCGACGACCAAACGUGCUUGCAAGCUACCUCGUUGGCUCGUUGCAGAUCGCGGCUCAGGUUGGGAUAAUGUUCUCCGUGCCACUCUACUUCGAGGUCACCAAACAUGCAUCUACGGUUGAGGCCGGUGCGCAUCUCGUCCCCGCCGUCCUAGGAAAUGCGAUCGGUGGUCUCUGUGCGGGUCUUUUUGCUCGGUGGACUGGACGAUAUAAGACUCUGCUUAUUAUGGGGACCGUCAUAGCAUCGUCCACGUAUAUGCUGCUCUGGUUACGGUGGAACGGACAUACGAGCUUUUGGGAAUCCCUCUACGUGAUUCCCGGUGGUGUUGGCACUGGUAUCUCCUCGACCGCCGCAUUCGUUCUCAUGACGUCCUUCCUGGAGUUAGAAGAAAUGCCUACGGUCACCGGGGGAUAUUUCCUACUGCACACCUUCUUCAUGACUGUUAGUAUAACUGGAACCAAUACAAUCUUAGGCUUCGAGUUUCGCAGACAGUUGAGGCGUCACAUACACGAGCCAGGCGCACCCCAGAUUAUUCGACGUGCCAUAUCCGAUCUUCAUUACAUCGCCCAUUUACGCGGGUAUCUACAGCAAAUGGUUGUCAACUGCUAUGUGGCAGCUCUGAAGGGUACCUACAUUACUUCCUUUGUGUUGUCAGGUGUUGCAUGGCUCCUGAGUUUCACGGUCCGGGAACCUUGUCUCUAA